AUGACGCCAGUCUGGAAACUGUUGCUGUCGUCGCGUGCGGGUUGACGCGCAGCGGUGCGUUUCUCGGGCGCGUUUGGGGAUGUGAGUGAGUGACCCGCGUCCAGAUCAGCGCAACGCGUGCAGGUGUGUGUGUGUGUGUGUUUGUGUGUGUAUGACGGACAUCAUCAUGCUCAAAGGCUCUCAGUGAUCCGCUCCUUCCCAUGAUUCCACACCAGGCCGCCCCAUGCCAGCCCGUAACCACGACGACUGCUCGCCCCCGUGAGCUCCUCCUCUGUCGCCCGGUGGCCGUUUGACUGGAUGAGGAACCCAGCCUCCAGUGAUGUGAUGCACAGGUUUGAGGUUCUUGGGAUUGUGGGGGAAGGAGCUUACGGUGUCGUCCUGAAGUGCAGACACAAGGAGACUAAUGAAAUCGUGGCCAUUAAGAAGUUUAAGGACAGUGAAGAAAAUGAGGAGGUGAAGGAGACGACCAUGCGUGAGCUGAAGAUGCUCCGCACGCUGAAGCAGGAGAACAUCGUGGAGCUGAAGGAGGCGUUUCGGCAGCGAAGGAAGCUGUACCUGGUGUUUGAGUACGUGGAGAAGAACAUGCUGGAGCUGCUGGAGGACAUGCCCAACGGAGCUCUGCCGGAGAAGGUCCGGAUCUACAUCUACCAGCUGAUCAAAGCCAUCCACUGGUGCCAUAAGAACAACAUCGUCCACAGAGAUAUCAAGCCGGAGAAUCUGCUCAUCAGCUCAGACGACAUGCUCAAACUGUGCGACUUCGGGUUUGCGCGGGAUCUCUCUGAAAGCACCGAUGCGAACUACACUGAGUAUGUGGCGACCAGAUGGUACCGAUCCCCGGAGCUGCUGCUGGGGGCUCCGUACGGGAAGGCGGUGGACAUGUGGUCAGUGGGGUGUAUUCUGGGCGAGCUGAGCGACGGUCAGCCUUUAUUUCCGGGCGAGAGUGAGAUCGACCAGCUCUUCACCAUCCAGAAAGUCCUGGGACCCCUGCCACCCGAACAGAUGAAGCUCUUCUACAGCAACCCACGCUUUCACGGGCUACGGUUUCCCUCGGUCAGCCAUCCGCAGACUCUGGAGAGACGAUAUCUGGGAAUCAUCAGUCCAGUCCUGCUUGACCUCAUGAAGAACCUGUUGCUGUUGAACCCGAAUGAGCGCUAUCUGACUGAACAGAGUCUGAACCACCACGCCUUCCAGACUCAGCGCCUGACGGAGCGACCCGGCCCACUCACACCCACACCCGUCCGCUCCUCCAAGAGGAAACCGCUCCUGGACAACAGCGCCCCCAGCAGGGGUCAUGUGGUCAAGAAAGGAGGCACUUUGGUUGUGUUUCCUUUUGGAGGCGUUUAUCACGAGCAGCUCGCAGAUGACAGCGGAUCGGCCAAAGAGAACCGCAUGAUGUACAGCGAGUCGGUGAUUGACAGCGCUGUGCCGCGUGUGAUUGGUCAGGUGCCGAGUGAGGGGCCGGAUCAGGCGCUGAUGCAGAAAUCGUCCCGCUCGUACACACACCAGGGCAGCAGACAUCGCACCCGCAGCCGAGACCGAGAGCGAGAGCGAGACCAGGAUCAGGAGCGAGACGCCGAGUGGCCCGCAGAGAGAGCGCCCGAAACACACUCACAG